AAGUUUUGUAAAAGGUUCAAAUUCCUGACCACGUCAACUCUUCGGUCGUGGCUCCAACAGGAGUUGUCUCUGUCUGGACACAAAGAAAGACACAAAAAAAGACAGACAUUUGAGAUAGUUUCAGACACUCCUGCAACACAUCUACGUUGUGAUGCCUGCUUUCCUCUGACACAAAAUGGACUCGGACUGCUUCACUGCUGAUCACUCAGCGUCUGCACGUGCACUGUGUGAUCUGGACCUUGCUGAAGACGCUUCAGAUGGUGAAGUAAGUGUGACUGCAGCAGCUCAUUCAGAAGCAGAAGAUCUUGAUUCUUUCAGUCUAAUUGAGCCCCCACCUCUGGACUGGAAGUCAGAUUCUUCUAGUGAAACAGGGUCUCCAGAUGUUCUGGAUGAUCCUAGCGUCUGUCCAGCUGCUGAGAGCCUGGGUUUGAACAGUCUGGGAGAAUCACUAACUCCACCUCUGGCUGUGAGAGACACAUUGAUUCAGUUUGACACAAACAACCAGCAGGUGCUUCUGGAGGACAUAGAUGUCAAAUUUGAAGAGGACAGUAGAGCAGUUAAAGAGGCUACGCUUCAAGGCUUAGGGAUUAAAGAUGACCAGGAGAUAUUUACAGAUGGUGAGAAGAAGGUCAGUAAGGAAGUUGGCGUUUCUGGAAGGAGACCAGGCGAUGAAGAUCACAGCCGUAUUCACACCUUACUCUCUCAGCUUCAACUAAUGCAGGAAGAAACCCAUCCCGGUCCACCUGAUCGCUCCCCCAGUCUGUCCGAGCAGGAGCCUUGUGCUCCCUCUCUGUUAGCAGAGGACAAAACUGGAACCACAGGCCUGCUGUUCUCUCAAAGCCACCACAGAGACCUGCUGGGACUGCUGCAGCGCACAGAGGUCUCCUCUACCCCCAUGCCCUCCUGUCUGCCGCACAGAGGCGAGGUGGACGCCGUUGUGUCGGUUUCCUACAGUCGGGAGGAUGCUCAGACGUUUUGGAGACACAACGGUCAGCGGCAGAGAGACGACUCCAUCACCUCCCUGCCUGAUGAUGAGUAUCCGGAGCCGGUGUGGAUGAAGCUGGGAGAGGAGCCACCGGAGGACGACUCUGCAGCAGAAAGUGAACAGGCAGCUGAUGACCACCCGUCAUAUAAAAAUGUGCCUGGGCCUUGUGACCCUGAAGACCUGUUGGACGGCGUUAUAUUUGGUGCUAAGUAUCUGGGCUCUACUCAGAUCAAAUCAGACAGGAACCCUUCGACAAACGCUCGCAUGACUCAGGCUCAGGAAGCUGUCGACAGAAUUAAGGCUCCAGAGGGAGAGUCGCAGCCGAUGACUGAAGUGGAUUUAUUCAUCUCCACUCAACGGAUCAAAGUGCUCUCUGCUGACUCACAGGAAGCCAUGAUGGAUCACGCUCUGCAGACAAUCUCUUACAUAGCAGACAUCGGUGACAUUGUGGUCCUGAUGGCACGGAGGAAACAUAAAGGUCAGAACGGUGAUCCUGCCCAGAGGAAGUGCAAAAUGAUCUGCCACGUCUUCUCCUCUGCAGAUGCUCAGAUCGUAGCUCAGGCUAUUGGGCAGGCGUUUGGAGUCGCGUAUCAGCAGUUCCUCCAGGCCAACGGCAUCAAGGCCAAAGAUCUGAAGCCGGGCGAGUACAGCGACUACCUGGAAAGUCAGGAGCUCUACAAUGGAGACCUGGCCCACUUUUCAGACUCGCAGAACCUUCGAGAUAUAGCCAUCACCAAGGCUCCUGGAGAAAUCUUGGGUCUGGCCGUGGUGGAGUCGGGGUGGGGCUCCAUCCUCCCCACCGUGGUGGUGGCCAACCUCCUUCACGGCGGUCCAGCUGAGCGCUGCGGUGAGCUCAGCAUCGGUGACCGCAUCAUGUCUGUCAAUGGUACCAGCUUGGUGGGUCUGCCAAUCAGCACCUGUCAGAACAUCAUACGGGACCUGAAAAGCCAAAAGUAUGUCAGGCUCAGCAUUGUCCACUGCCCUCCGGUUACCAUGGCGAUCAUAAGAAGACCCGAUCCCAAGUUUCAGCUGGGCUUCAGUGUUGAGGACGGCAUUAUCUGCAGUCUGAUGAGAGGUGGCAUCGCAGAAAGAGGAGGAAUCCGUGUCGGGCACCGCAUCAUUGAGAUCAACGGGCAGAGCGUUGUUGCGACUCAACAUGAGAAGAUCAUCCAGAUCCUCACAAAUGCUGUUGGAGAGAUACACUUGAAGACGAUGCCAGCCUCGACGUAUCGACUCUUGACGGGACAAGAGCAGCCAGUGUUUCUUUGAGCGCUUCUUGCUUCACCGUCCUGCAGAGUUCAAGCUACAGAAGCUUCUGCCAAGCUAAAAAAAAAAAAAACUUUAUGCAAUUUUAUUACAGAGUAGUCACUGCUUUACAUACCAUGGACUGUUUUUUUCCUAUAAUAUUUAAAUCACACUGGAGUCAAAGAACAAAACUUGCAAUGACGACAAUAGAGGAGUGGCUUUCCAUUUAUAUUUAUUAGACAUUUUAGAAAUUUACCAGAUGUUUUUUUGGUGAGUAACAUUGAGUAAAACAUGGCCGAUCAGUCUUCCAGAUUUAAAAGUAUUUCUCAUCUGAUAUAACUGUAUUUGAAGUGGUGACUUCAUUGAACCCAGAUAAAAACCUUUGUGUGCUUCAUUGUAAUGAACUUGGUGUCCAUCGUGU